AUGGCCAAGGCAGCAGCAGCACCCAAGGCGGCCCCGGCCAAGAAGGCCAGCAAGAAGGCCAAGGACACGGGCGCGCCCAAGCGGCCGCUGUCCGCCUACAUGUUCAUGAGCCAGGACUGGCGUGAGCGCAUCAAGGCCGCCAACCCGGACGCCAGCUUCGGCGAGGUCGGCCGCCUUCUCGGUGCCAAGUGGCAGGAGAUGAACGACGCCCAGAAGAAGCCCUACGUCGACAUGGCCGAGCGCGACAAGCUGCGUGCCGCCAAGGAGAAGGCCGACUACGUGCGUGGCCUGCGAGACUGA